AUGACUGCAGAAGGCGAAGACAGCGCUGCUGAAUACAAGCUUUUGCAAAAGAAGAUUCGCAAAGUCCAAGACAUUCUCACCAAAAUCGAACGUGAGCAAGGGACCAAGAACAAGCUCUAUCGGGCUUAUACACGCAAGCUAGGGGACUACACCAUGCGUAUCAACGAUAAUGAAGAGUUCAAUAAACAGUUUUUGAAUACUGAUUUGGAUGAGGAGGAAGAUCAGUCAUCUAAGGUUGCUGAUAAACCAGAUGAUAUUAGCGAAGCUUCUUCGGCCAAGACGGGUGACUUGAGUUUUGAUGAUCCAGAUGACCUGAUGAGUCGAGGAGACGAUGACUUGAGCGACGACGCGGAAUCUACUGGCGAUUUGAGUCUCGAUGGAGACAUUGAAAUCGAUACAUCCGCAAUGGAGAUUCCAAAGGAGGAAGAGAGCAAGAAAGGAAAGAAAAAGAAAGGAAAAGGUGAUGGUCUCGGAUACAAAGCUUUACAAAAGAAGUUAAAGAAGGCAAAGAAGAGUAUGAAGAUUCUCGAGAAGGAGCAUGGCAAGAAAGAGGCCAAAAAGCUUGACGAGUACAAGGGCCAUCUUAAAAACAAAAAGAAGUACCAAGGGCAACUAGAAGAGACACCCGAAUACAAGAAGGAGCAUGGCAUCGAAGACGCCCCAAAGAAAGAUUUAGACUUUCCGGAAAAUGGUGUUUGGCUACGCAUCAUCCAGAUCAACGAUGUUUACGAAUUGGAUAACUUUCCCAACUUCAAGACCUUAUGCGAUACCAAAGCAAAAGAAACCAAGAAUGGCCAAAGCCCAGGCAAAUUUCUGGUCAUUUUGUCUGGUGACUUUGUUGCCCCAUCUCUGCUGAGUGGACUGGACAAGGGUCGUGGUAUGAUUGAUACCAUGAACAAGUGUGGCAUCACUCAUGUCUGCUUUGGAAAUCACGAAUGCGACAUCCCCUUGCCCGCCUUGGCCAAACGCAUUGAAGAAUCCGACUUUGCGUGGAUCAAUACCAACAUGCGCGAGAUUGACGACGUCCUAAAGGUAAAGACGGAUCCUCACGAAGUCAUCAAGGUGAAGAGUGCUGAUGGAUCCGUCGAAAAACAAGUUGGACUUCUGGGCUUGUUGACGGAAGAUCCUUCCGUGUAUCGACCCGGUGCGUUUGGCGGUGCCACGAUUGAACCAGUCCUUGCGAUGACCAAGACGUAUAUGAGAGAUGUUAUGGAUCCUCUGAACCUGGACUUGGUGGUCCCACUCACCCAUCAACGUAUGGAUCCCGACCGAGAAUUCUCCAAGACCUUCAAGGGCGAUGUAUUUCCAAUCGUCAUUGGAGCCCAUGACCACGAGCCUUAUGACGAAACCUAUGAGGGAUCACGAAUCGUCAAGACAGGUAUGGAUGGUCACAACACGGCCAUUAUUGAUAUCACGUGGGACGCAGCAAAGGGUGACAAACCAAAGAUUGAUGUGGAUAUGGUCACUACUCAGUCGUACCUUCCCGAUCGCACAAUCCUCAAGGUUGUUCAAGGUCACAAACGUAUUCUGAACGAGCUCCAAGUCGCCAGACUUUUCAAGCUCUCCAAUUGGCUCAAGGGCGAAGGCAAGGUAUUUUCCACCAAGGACAAUCGAUUGGGAGCCUCGACUGGAUCGGAGGUACUCUGCAGUAUGUUCCGCAUGGGGAUGAGAUCCGAAUGCUGCAUAUGCAACUCGGGUGCCAUUCGAGCCGGAAAAGUAUACCCCAAGGAGCACGAAUGGUUCACCUGGUCCGAUCUGAAGGCCGAGGUUCCCUUUCCCACUGAACUCACUACGGUGUACAUUCCAGGCAUUGUUCUCCAAGAGACGAUCAAGUAUUCACGGCGACUGGCAGUCCAAGACCCACCUUCGUCAUCCGGAGGAUACUUGCAACAUUGCGAUCAAAUUGAAAUGGACGAAAUUACUUGCGAGAUCCACAAGAUUGGCGGAAAACCCUUUGAACCGAGCCACAAGUAUCUUCUGACGCUUCCCAUUGAUGCCUUGCGAGGAAUCGACAACCACGUUCCACUAUUAGAAUGGGCCGAGAAAGAGCAUGGCGGUGGUGCCAGUUGUGCCAACGACGAAGGCCGACCCGCCAAGAUUGUCAUGGUGGAAAUGUUCUCUGCCAUGAUGUGGUUGGACAUGGGUUCGUUCAGCGAAAUUGAUACCAAUGGAGACGGAGUUUUGACGCGAGAAGAAGUCCGGGAACGCGCCACCAAGGUGUUUGGCAAGGCCGUUGCGGAUUUGGUGGUAGAAAAUGUCUUUGCCGUGGCGGAUGUGAACAACAACGGGUACAUUACACCGGUGGACAUGAUGGUGAUCAACUUUGCCGCCACAGACAUGAAGAAGCAUAUUGGUAGUGAUAACGAACUCGGUGCCAUGCAAGAAGUGGCAGCUGACGUCUUGGGCAAGCGAGCUUCGUCGAUUGAAGUCCAGGAUAUGCUCAAGGCCAUGAUGCAGACAUUGGAUUCCGAUGCUAGUGGCAACAUUGACCGAGCUGAAAUGAUAAAUGUUGUCGGGAACCUCCAUCGACAGAGUUUGCUAGGAUAA